GGCUCGAGCAGUCACGGCUUGCUCCUGGGCGAGUCCCCGCCGGGCCGAGCCACCGGCUGCGCCAGCGGCGAUGACAUCCAGGCCCCGCCAUGGCGCCGGCGAGCUCCCCCUGCAGGCUGGCGUCCCUCGCCGCCGCGCUCGCCAGUUUGGCGCCAGGCCUCCUGCCUCGUCUCCUGGUGGUGCCCCUGCCGCCAGUGUUGGCCGAGGCGGCGGAGGGGGUGCCUGCGGCGCCGGCAGAGGACGCCGGCCCAGCAGUGGAGAACAGGAGCCUGGACCAGAGCAGGUGCCAGCACUACCUCUUGCACGUGGGCGCGCACGGCGGCAACUUCUACGAACCGUCUAACCUCGACAGGCACCCAGGGACGCCAUCGAUACGCCUGCGCCGAUCCUGGCCAGAUCCACCCGCGGCCCAUGAUCGGUGUGCACGCCCUCCUGUCCUGGCCAGGAGGGGGCCAGAUCCAGGACCAGCGCAUGUGCACGGCUGGCGCCCUCCUGAGGUACAACCGCUGCCUGUGGGUGCUCCGCCACGCGCCCGACCAGCGGAGGGCGGCCUUCGUUGGCGGCCACCACUACCCGACGCUGCUGUUGACCAACCAUCGGGAGCCAGAGAUGCUGGCGCCGCCUCUGCGGCAGCCCCCGCGGCCGCGCGUCAGCAGGAGACACGCGGACAUCCCGCUGCAGGCCUUCCAGGACACGCAGGCCCAGUUCGCCUGGCUGGAGCGCAGGCGCGUGCUGCACCACUUCCUGGUCCCAUACUUCGACGUCAACAUCGGCAACGCCAUCAAGAACCAGGGGUCGAUGAACCACUACCAGAGCUACCACAUGCAGAUGCUGGUGCGCGAGGGAGACAAGGUUGUGGAUGCCGGCGCAAACCUGGGAUGUUACACCGUCGCGUUGGCACAAGCCGUUGGGCCGUCUGGCCGUGUGUUCGCGUUCGAGCCCUUCAGGUGGCUGCACCAGGUGCUCACCGCCAACGUGGCGCUCAAUGGGCUGACGAACGUAUGGCCCGUGCAGGCUGCGCUCGGCCGGGCCCGCGAGAUCCUGCCGCUGGUGCCCCCGCAGCUGCGGUUCUUCUCCUCGCCCGGCGGCGUGCACGUGCAGAACCAGUCCGAGCAGAUCGCGGGGAUGCGGCAGCACGAGUCUUUCCACCGGCUGUACGACCUGCUCGCGCGAGAGCCUGAGCACGUGCGCGUCGUGCGGCUCGACGACCUCCUCCUGGACGCGGAGGAGUCCCAGUGGUGGGGCCUGCCAGCGCCGGUUGAAGAUGUGCGCCUGCUUAAG